AUUCAGGGGAGUUUCCUGAAACAGCUAUCGUUAGCCCCGAUGCUCAUCCUACCGAUACAUUUAUUUUCAGUUUGACCCCUUACUGUUAAAAUUGUGUCAGUUAUAUGUGACAUUUGUGGAUUUGAUGAAUGAUUAUAUCAAACCCAUAGCGUACAGUUUGGUUCGACCUACUGCUAAGCUACAUCUUGGUCUGUGAGCGUCCUGUUACAAUGUUACGAGUUCAAUAUCAGAACUCACGCGGAGGCAGGAUAUCAAGGAUGGACGUCUAAGGAAUAGCAUGCUACAUACUAGAGCUCAUGUACAGCUUUUUAAGUCGAUAGUCACUUUUAUACAGUAUUAUACUGGGAUAAUAUUGUCUUGACGUACCGAAGUGAUCUGUCGGCAGUUAAAUAUGUCGUUUUUUAAUUUUCGAAAAAUAUUCAAACUGGGACCUGAAAAGAAGAAGAAACAUUAUGAACACGUCCACAGGGACGAGAACCCAGAAGAAAUUUGGGAGAUCAUCGGGGAACUGGGAGAUGGAGCUUUUGGGAAAGUGUACAAGGCCCAGAACAAGCAGACAGGGAUUCUGGCAGCCGCCAAGGUGAUUGACACCAAGACAGAGGAGGAGCUCGAGGACUACAUGGUGGAGAUCGAAAUCCUGGCUUCCUGCGACCACCACUACAUAGUGAAGCUCCUGGACGCUUUCUACUACGAGAGCAAGCUAUGGAUACUGAUUGAGUUCUGUGCGGGAGGUGCGGUGGACGCAGUCAUGCUGGAGCUUGAGAGAUCCCUGACUGAGCCCCAGAUCCGUGUGGUUUGUAAGCAGACCCUGGAGGCCUUGGCUUACCUCCAUGAGAACAAGGUCAUACACCGAGAUCUGAAAGCUGGGAACAUUCUCCUGUCUCUGGAAGGAGAUGUGAAGCUGGCUGACUUUGGGGUGUCGGCUAAAAAUACCAAGACUCUACAGAGAAGAGAUUCUUUCAUUGGCACUCCAUAUUGGAUGGCCCCGGAGGUGGUGAUGUGCGAGACGUCCAAAGAUCGCCCGUACGACCACAAGGCUGACAUCUGGUCUCUGGGGGUGACCCUGAUCGAGCUGGCUCAGAUCGAGCCCCCCAACCACGAGAUGAACCCCAUGAGGGUCCUGCUGAAGAUAGCCAAGUCUGAGCCGCCCACUCUCAUGCAGCCCUCUCGCUGGUCGCCAGAGUUCAGUGACUUUCUAAGAAAGGCUUUGGAUAAGAAUGUGGACAAUAGGUGGGGCACCGCACAACUCUUACAGCAUCCAUUUGUUAGCAGAGUAGUGGAUAACAGGCCGCUCAGAGAGCUGGUCGCUGAGGCGAAGGCUGAAGUCACCGAGGAGAUCGAAGAGGGCAAAGAGGAGGAGGAGGAAGAGGAGCAAGAUGCAUCUCUGGUGGUUCCUGGCCACAAGCGAGCCCCAUCGGACACCAUGAUGGCCAGCUCGGAGGACGAGAAGGUGCCCCAGACCCCCUCCACCCUCGAGCCAGUCACCGAGAAGACUGAGCCCGAGGCCCCGGAGCACAGCACCAGUGACAAGCUCUCCGACGCGGGCGACAGGACAGAGAGGCUCAGCCAGGCGUCUGAGGAAGCCAGCCCUGGAGACACGGCUGCUGGAAAAGAGGAACACAAGGACUCGCUGACAGAGGAAGUCACGGAGCCCCAUCCAAAGGAAAGCGAAGGCGCGGAGGAAGUGGAGGCGAUGGAGUCCCCUGAAGGCCCGGUGACCUCACAACCAGAAGCCCCACCGGACACGUCAGACAAGCCGCCGCCUGUGUUCGUGAGUGAGGAGACGGGCGAGGAGGAGAGAGAGGGGCAAAAGGAAAGCGACGACGGCGACGAGCCUCUGCGGGUAACAGCGGCGGGGAUAGAAGGUGAGGGAAAGGAAGACGAGAAGGAUGAGAUGGAAAAGAUGGAAAAGGAACAAACAACAGAGGAUGUAGAAACUGUGGCAGAAACAGGAGAUCAGCUGAAGGGGGCCUCAGAAGAGCUUCUGUCAACAGAGGCCAGUGCAAAACCUGACCAGGAGAAAGAUGAAGCCACUACAGAGGACAAGUCAACAGUGGAUAUGGCAGAAGAAGAAGGGAAGCCAGAUCCUAAUGGUCCAGCUGACAUUGAAGCCGAUGAGAAUGAGAAUUCCGAUGAAAAACCAUGUCGAAGUGUAGAACCAGAGUCUACGGUUGCGGUAGAAGUGGAACCAGCCAAAGAGACGGGGGAGAACCACGCUGAAGAUCUGGAGGAGGCUGAGUCAACUCUCCCAGAGGAACCAGACAAAGAAGCGGAGAACCAACGGGAGGAACAGUUGAAGGUUGCCGGAGAAGCAGAAUCCAUUAAUGGUCCUAGUGAAGAAGCCAAAGUUGGUGUGGAACCCGAUGCUGCUCCCGAAGAGGAGGAGAAGAAGGUUACUGCUGAAGAGGAACCCAUAGUCCAGGAUGCUGUUUCUGUUCCGGAGAGCGAGGCCGAAUCAGAGACGAAGAUGGCCCAGGGAAGCCCUGCGGUGAAGACCAGAUCGGACGUGGAGAAAGAUUCAGACUCUGGAAGCAGCUCUGCAGCCGACAGCAACAGCAUGGACCUCAACUUGUCCAUUUCCAGCUUCCUGUCCAAGAGCAAGGAGGGGGGGUCUGUGUCCUUAAAGGACACCAGGCGGCAGAAGAAGACCCUGAAGAAGACCAGGAAGUUCAUGGUGGAUGGUGUGGAGGUCAGCGUGACGACGUCGAAGAUCGUCACCGACAACGACACCAAGAACGAGGAGAUGAGGUUCCUGAGGCGCCAGGAGCUGCGAGAGCUGCGUCUGCUGCAGAAGGAGGAGCAGCGAGCCCAGCAGCAGCUCAGCGACAAGCUGCAGCAGCAGAGAGAGCAGAUGCACAGGCGCUUUGAACAGGAGACCACAGGUAAGAAGCGUCAGUACGACCUGGAGGUGGAGAACCUGGAGAAGAAACAGAAGCAGACCAUCGAGCGCCUGGAGCAGGAUCACACCAACCGCCUGAGGGACGAGGCCAAGCGCAUCAAGGCCGACCAGGACAAGGAGCUGGCCAAGUUCCAGAACAUGCUCAAGAACCGCAAGAAGGAGGUGAAACAGGAAGUUGGACAGUCUCCCAAACACAUGAGAAAAGAGCUCAUGAAACGCUUAAAGGACGACCUUUCACUCAUUGAGAAUGAAGAGGAGCAAGAGUUUCUGCAGAAGCAACAGCAGGAGCUGGAUGGAGCCCUGAAGAAGAUCAUCCAGCAGCACAAACAUGAGAUAGCCACCAUCGAGAAGGACUGUCUCAACCAUAAACAGCAGCUCAUGAGAGCUCGCGAGGCGGCCAUGUGGGAGCUGGAGGAGCGCCACCUGCAGGAGAAACACCAGCUGUUCAAGCAGCAGCUCAAAGACCAGUACUUUAUGCAGAGACACCAGCUUCUCAAGAGGCACGAAAAGGAGAUGGAGCAGAUGCAGAGAUACAACCAGCGCCUGAUUGAGGAGAUGAAGAACAGACAGACCCAGGAGAGAGGUCGCCUGCCCAAGUUCCAGCGUAGCGAUGCCAAGACGCGCAUGGCCAUGUACAAGAAGAGCCUUCGCAUCACCGCCGCCCCAGGCACCCCCGAGCAGGAGAGGGAGAAGAUCAAACAGUUUGCAUCUCAGGAGGACCGACGCCAGAAGCACGAGCGGCUGCACCAGCAGCAGAAGCACGAGAACCAGAUGAGGGACCUGCAGCUGCAGUGCGACUCCAACAUCCGGGAGCUGCACGAGCUACAGAAUGAGAAGUGCCAUCUUCUGAUCGAGCACGAGACCCACAAGCUGAAGGAGCUGGAUGAGGAGCACAGCCAGGAGCUGAAGGAGUGGCGGGAGAAACUACGACCCAGGAAGAAGGCUCUUGAGGAGGAGUUCACCCGCAAGCUUCAGGAGCAGGAGGUUUUUUUCAAGAUGAGCGGAGAGUCUGAAUGCCUUAACCCCACUGCCCAGAGCCGAGUCUCCAAGUUCUACCCCAUUCCUACUGUGCACAACUCGGGCUUGUAGCCUGAACGCCUUCCCUCGACCGAGCAGCCCCACGUCUCAGCCGCAAUGCACCGUGGCUCGGCUCAGAGUCUGCAUCUACCCCCUAGUGUUCCGGAAGUCUCUGGCUGUCACCUGUUCACUCUCACACAUCCCAUCCUGUGCACACAGUAUCCACUGUUAGAUCCUUGGGGAAUGUUCUUCAAAAUGACACAAAGAACCCAGUGCCUAAAUGGUUUGACUUGGCUAGUUAGGGGCCUGCUAUGUUACUUUCUAAUCCGAUUUUUUUUUUUUGCACUUACAGUAAUGGCUGGGAAUUUGUACAAACCAUAACAUCAUACAUUUAUUUUUAAUAAUAAAUAAGAUGGUGCUUUAAUGAACUCCUGUCGUAGUUGGGAAGGACGUGGUGAAACACAAAAGAAUGUACUUGUUUGGUAAAAAGUGAUGUGUUCAGUCAGUGGAUGUACAUGUAUGAAGUUGUGAUUUUAUUUUUUAGAGAUUGUGCUAUUCAUUGAAGUAGAUGGUGAUUAUUGUAUUCUUAAACUGAGGUGAAUGCGUAACAGCAUAUCACAUUGAUUGAUAUGAGUAGUGUUAUUCUCUGAUGUUUAAACCUUGAUGAAUAAAAAAGGUAAUCUCUUGAUGCAGGAUUUUUUGGGAAGUUCACAAUUUAUUUUAUAUAUAUGUUUUCGGAUUGGCCUUGGACACAUGGAUUCUAUAUUGGUUGGUACAUUUACAUGUUUGUUUUGUUGAAGGAAUGUAAAGCUCUAAAUCAUGUAUUUGCACUGUUUAAAAUGAGCUGAGAUAAUGCAGUAGUGUGUCAGUUAGGAAGAAUAUUCAGUCUCCUCUCCUCAGAUAUGCUGUACCAUUCAAACAUCUUGCAUGCUUUUUGACAUAUCAUUUUACUGUUUAUUUCCCCAUCUGUUCUAUGAUAGCAUUUCUUUUUUUAUGAGUUGUACCUGUUCUCAGUGUUUUGCUGAUUUGUUGUCUUUUUAUUGCUGAAAUCCGUUAUAUUUCCUUUACAUGGAAGUCAUCAAGAAUGUAAGUGCUGUCGCUGAAUGUCACUAUAUAGACAAGACAUCACUUCAAGACCAGAAACAUGCUUGAUUAUUCGUCUCUCUAUGGCAAACAUUCCAGAACCGGACAUAUCAAUGCAUGUUGUGAUGCUGUGUAUGACAGGUGUUAAUGUUUGUAGCGCACAGAUGAAUUCUGUGUUCAUCUCAUAGGCAUGGAUGAUCUUUAAUCCUGAAAUUCAGUCCGAACUGUGUUGUAUUUCAUUCAUCAAGCAUUUCCAUGUCCAGGCACAGCCAGUUUCAGUAUUUGCAUUUUUUUGUUAGUUAUUCAAAGGGCUUCUUUUCAAAUUAUCCACUUAUACAACACAUUGCAAGUUGGAUGUUUCUACACGGCUGGAUUUAAAGUUGCCUGCCAUGAGGAUGUUCCGUUGACAGAAUGUGUGGCAUCGUAACAUAUUUCAAUAAUAGCAUUUUUUAGGUAAAUAUAUUGGCAAUGUCUUUAUAAAUGGACAUCUGUUAUGUAAAUAAAAUAUUAACUGUAUAUUAAACCUGGCUUUUUUAAU